AUGCACCAUCCCGACAAGCCUCCAUCUCCAGACCCUGAAAUGGAUCUCUUGCCAAUUUAUUCAUCUGGCCUAGACCCCGACCGAAUAGAUCCCUACCGAGAUGCUGGGAAGCAAAGAGAGUGGAGUGUCACCAACCUGGACCCCGCAUCUGGAGAGCUGUCACCGGCAACGCCAAAAGAUACGACUUCACUUCGCAUUUUGAACGAGUUGGUGUUGAAGGCUUUACAAGACCUCGAGACUAGAUUGGAGCAUCAAAUUUCCCAGGACCAGAACACCUUAGGCCGGGGAGGGGGCAAAGCCUCGGCACGAAAACGUGAUCGCCAAUCUAGCAAUUCGCAGCAGCCGCCGUCCUCGAAACAACAAGUAUCGUCUAAAAGAGAGCGGGCGAGCCUCAUCCGAGAUGGGAACGACUCCCCAAAUGACGAGGACAAGAAUGGCUCCAGCCCCGAAGAGGAACAUGACGGCGGUAAUGCCAGUGAUGCAGAACACAAAUAUCUUGCCUGCCCUCUGUUUCGAAAGGACCCGCGAAGGUACGCGGCUUGUGCGAAACGUCGGCUCAGGCGCAUCAGGGAUGUAAAGCAGCACAUGAGGAGACAACACAGGAGACCACAGUACUACUGUCCUAUUUGUUGGAAAACAUACUCGGGACCCGACGAGCGUGAUGAACAUGUCAUUGAACGCUCUUGUAGCGCCCCGCAAGAAACAAGCACACCGUGGAUCACGCGAGAGCAAGACACCCGGUUGGAGGGAAGAGUUCCAAAAGGGUCAACCGUGGAACAAUGGUAUACGAUAUGGGAUAUUGUCUGUCCAGGGCAAACACGCCCAAAUCCGCCGCAUUGCUUUCUGGGCAAGAUGGUUGAAGAUUUCAGCACCUUACGGCGAGAGCUCUGGGAAGAACACGGCCGCGAAAUUGUCGAGGAACUUGAAAAGUCCGGUGGAAUCAGGGCGUUUGUCAAUCUGAAGCAGGUUCAGUACCUCAAUCCCCUGGCCGUGUUCACGGUGUUCCUCAAGAUGGUCCCGACACGACUCAUCAUCAACCAUUUGAGAUGCAGGAGAACUUACUCCAGGAAGGCCACAAAUCCGCCCCAGACCAAGGACUACAGUUCGGCGGGCCACAGCUGGGCGACUUGGACUUGA